AUGGCACCAAUAGCAGAUACCGUGGUCGAUGACCUCAAGAGCACCGUCAACAGGCUCGAGAAGCGCAUCGCUGAGCUGGAGAACAAGCUGUCUGGCCAGAGUGGGGGUGCAUCAACGUCGGCGGAGAGCGUCAGGAUGAUCUUGAUGGGACCACCAGGUGCUGGCAAGGGCACACAAGCGCCGCGAAUCAAGGAGAAGUUCUGCGCAUGCCAUCUUGCUACCGGAGACAUGCUACGCGCUCAAGUCGCGGCCAAGACAGCCCUCGGUCGGGAAGCGAAGAAGAUUAUGGAUGCCGGCGGUCUGGUUAGCGACGAGAUCAUGAUCAACAUGAUCAAGACUGAGCUCGAGGGCAACGCCGAGUGCGCCCAGGGAUUCAUCCUCGAUGGCUUCCCACGAACAGUAACCCAGGCCGAGAAGCUCGACGGUAUGCUUGCUGCGACCAAGAAGCCCCUUCAACACGCCAUUGAACUGCAAAUUGACGACGGCCUCCUCGUCUCGCGUAUCACUGGCCGCCUCGUUCACCCCGCAUCCGGCCGCUCCUACCACAAGAUCUUCAACCCACCCAAGGCCCCCAUGACCGACGACGUAACCGGUGAGCCGCUCAUCCAGCGCUCCGACGACAACGAGGACACGCUCAAGAAGCGUCUCUCGACCUACCACGCCCAGACCGCGCCCGUUGUUGCAUACUACCAGAAGACGGGUAUCUGGAAGCCCAUUGACGCAAGUCAAGAGCCAGGCCAGGUAUGGAAGAGCCUGCUCAAGAUCUUCGACGACAAGGCCAUGGUUGCUGGACGAACAGGCAGCUUGCUCAACAAGGUUGGUCUUAAGAACUAG